GGAAAACAAAAAUUUUUUAAUAUCACAUAUACGUUAAGUUUGUGUAACACGGGGGUUCGAGUUUGACGGUCACCUGUUUUUCUCAACCUACCUUGCCACAGAAGACAAUAUGUAAGAGCUUGGUACAUUGGAAGAAGUAUGAAACCAAAUUAAGAUGCGUCUGUCUACCCAAACGCAAUCGUCCAGUGCCAGACUAAGUUUUAAUAAUUUAGAGUUUAAUAAAAAUGACUCGAUGGAACAAGUACUAAAUAUACCUGAGAAUGCUGAAAAUAAGCCGAAAUUAUUAAAUAUUCGGAAUAAAAGCGGAAAAAAUUCAUAUGAAGAAGAAAAUGACAAGUCUAAGUAUAUGCUAUUUCAUCAUAUUAAUGAAAAUGAGUGCAAACUACAUACAAAUCCUCCACAAUGCCUUCGACCGCACCAAGAAAUAUUGCUGCAAAUGCAGUGUAUGAAAUCUGCUUUGUCCAAAAAGGAAAAGCAGGUGGAAAACCAAUCUACUGAUAUCGUAAUCGAUUUAAGUAAAAAUUCGGUAGGAAAGCCUACCAAUGCGACCGAAGCAAGUUCAAUUAGAAAUAUUGGUUGCAUCGCAGAGACUAUCUCUUCAGGUGUAUCAUCCUCAAAUCAAGUGAAGCAGAUCACGUCAAUUGAUGGCUUUUUCAACAGAAAGCGUGGACGACCACCAAAAAAUCGAUUCGUUGAAGUCUAUAAAAAUUUCCAGCAUAUUGAUGUUCAAUUCGAAGAUACGCGGCUGCAGCGAAUGCAACUUGACUGGCGCCCAUAA